CGCCGGAAGUAGCAGCGCGGGAGCGAGAGCAAGUGGCGGCGAUGAGUCAGAAAGUGAAGCCGGAUCGGGAGCGGCUGCGGCGCCGGGUCCGACUCUACCUGGACCAGCAACAAUAUCAGAGUGCGUUGUUUUGGGCUGAUAAGGUUGCUUCGUUGUCGCAUGAGGAACCGCAAGAUAUCUACUGGCUUUCCCAAUGCCUUUACCUCACUGCCCAGUACCACAGAGCUGCCCAUGCGAUUCGAUCCCGCAAACUUGAUAAGAUCUAUGGAGCCUGUCGAUACCUUGCUGCCCAGUGCCACUAUGCAGCCAAGGAAUAUCAGCAAGCUCUUGACAUUUUGGAUAUGCAAGAACCAAUCAACAAGAUCAUACUGGAGAAGAAUGCUAAAGCUGACAAGAUCAAAGAAGCCUCCAUUGAUUGGGGAUUGUCUCCUGCUGCAAUCAAGAGCUCUAUUUGCCUUUUGCGAGGGAAGAUCUACGACGCUAUGGAUAACCGACCCCUGGCUACAAACAGCUACAGAGAAGCAUUGAAGCUUGAUGUGUGUUGCUUUGAAGCAUUUGACCUAUUGACAUCACACCACAUGCUGACAGCGCAGGAAGAAAAGGAACUCCUUGAGUCAUUGCCAUUCAAUAAACAAUGUACGGAAGAAGAACGUGAUUUGUUGUACUUUCUAUACAAAAAUAAAUUGAAAAAGUACAAUAAACCAAGUGAGACAGUAAUUCCUGAGUCAAUAGAUGGCCUUCAGGAUAACCUGGAUGUUGUAGUGUCUGUUGCAGAGAGGAAUUACUACAACUGUGAUUUUAAAACAUGCUACAAGCUCACUUCGAUGGUGAUGAAUAAAGAUCCUUAUCAUGCAGUUCUCCUUCCUGUGCACAUUGGAACGUUGGUGGAAUUGAACAAAGCAAAUGAAUUGUUCUACCUUGCACACAAGUUGGUGGAUUUAUAUCCCAAUAAUCCAGUGUCUUGGUUUGCUGUGGGCUGUUAUUACCUUAUGGUUGGUCACAAGAAUGAGCAUGCUAGGCGUUAUCUCAGUAAAGCCACCACCCUUGAGCGAACCUAUGGGCCAGCAUGGAUUGCCUAUGGCCAUUCCUUUGCAGUAGAAGGAGAACAUGACCAGGCCAUGGCUGCCUAUUUCACAGCAGCACAGUUAAUGAAAGGGUGUCACUUACCAAUGUUGUAUAUUGGCCUUGAAUAUGGACUAACCAAUAAUUCUAAACUGGCAGAAAGGUUUUUCAGUCAGGCCUUGAGCACUGCACCCGAGGACCCUUUUGUUCUUCAUGAGAUGGGAGUUGUGGCUUUUCAAAACGCAGACUGGAAGGCGGCGGAGAAGUAUUUUCUGGAUGCAUUAGAUAAAGUGAGAGCAAUUGGAAAUGAGGUGACUGUUGAUAAAUGGGAACCAUUAAUGAAUAAUCUAGGGCAUGUAUGUAGAAAACUCAAGAAAUAUGAUGAAGCAUUAGACUAUCACCACCAGGCUCUGGUCCUCAUUCCUCAGAAUGCGUGCACCUAUUCCGCUAUUGGUUAUGUGCUGAGUCUCAUGGGAAACUUUGAGAGCGCCAUCAACUAUUUUCAUACGGCUCUGGGUCUGCGUAGAGAUGAUACUUUUUCAGUUACGAUGCUUGGUCAUUGCAUAGAGAUGUACAUUGGGAGUGCAGAUGCCUACAUUGGAACUGAGUUAAAGGAAAAACUUGGUUGCUACGAGCUCGACAUGUCUGCAAUGAAGGCACCAGCGAUCAAGAAAAUGAUUUGCCCCUCCUGGGAGGAGAGGGAGUGUGAUACUGAGUUGGAAAGGCAGCCCCUUGAAGAGAGUGGCAUCAUGGCCUUGGAUACAUCACCCCAGCAGAGCAAGGUAGCAAGUACCGAGGCUCAUCACGAAGACACCCCACUUUUCACAGAAAUGGAAAUGAAUGAAAGUGACAUGAUAUUAGAGGCAUCCUUAUCUGACCACAGCACCUGAGCGUCUUCUGACCAGAAAUUUUGGAACCUUCCUCGUCUCCUUAGCAAGUUAGUUAAACUGUGAUGUCUGCAGCUGAUUUAGAACUCUCAGCAGCACUGUCAGAACCGGGCCCAUUCAGCAGACAGUGAGUGGUCCCUUCCACAACAGUGUUUUGGUAGCAAUAAGCAAAUGAUUGAGAUGGUUAUUUAAUGAUGUAAUGUCUCAUGGUGACCAGCAGAGUAAAAGGUGAUCAUGAUAUUUUGAAAUAUUGCCACCUGUCAUUUCAUUGUAUUAAAAUCUCGAAACUUGGUCUUUA